GUUAGCAUUUUUUCAAACUCGUCAAACACAGUAACUUGUUGGAGCCAAACGGCUUUAAAACUUCUCACAUGUUCCUUCUCUCUCUCUCUCUGGGUUGCAUUCAUUUCACUUUCUUUAACUACUCUUAAUAAACAACAACUUCAUAACCAUUCUUUCUUCUCUUUCCAACAGCGAAAGAAAGAAAGAAAAUGGGUUGUUUUCUUCAGUGUUUUGGUUUAACCACUAAAAGAAAACGCAGAAAGACUCUUUACAAAGUCCUAGCUCGAGAAGACCAGAAAUAUGGAAACUAUGAAGUUCUUGCUAUUACAGAAAAAGCAAUUAUCCCUUAUUCUGAAUCCAGAGGUAGAGAUCAAGAAAAGGAGAAGAGUGGUGUUAAACCCAAGAAGAAGAAAGUUAGCUUUAAUUUGAAUUUACAGAUAUAUGAGGCAAACCCUAGUUCUUAUCAGGUGUUGGAGGAUGAGGAAGAAGAGAAUAAGGACACUGCUGCGGAAUCAGAGGGAAGGGUGUUGGGAGAUGGAUCUGAAGCUGUGAUAAUUCGAUACCCGUCGAAUCAUAGAUAUUAUAACUGUAGUUAUGAUCAGGAUGAAGAGGAUGAGAUAGUAUAUGAGGAAUCUGAUAUUGAUGAUGAGUUUGAUGAAGAGUAUGAUUGGGAUGAUGAUGAUGAUGAUGGCGGCUAUGAAAGUUGCGAGAAUUAUGGAGAUGAUGAAGUAUGUGAUGAAAACAGUAAACAGAAGAUGCUUUCUUCAAAUGACAAUGAGCUGAAAUCGAAUUCGAGUGGACGAGAGAGGAGCAUGAACAUGAAUUCGGUUCUGCAUCCGGUGGAGAAUCUAAGUCAGUGGAAAGCAAUCAAAGCAAAAGUUAUAUCAAGUAAAAACAGGAGAAAGGAAAAUGUUCCAUCAGAGGAAAAUACAAGCAUGCUGCCUUUAGUCUCACCUUGUAUUUUGGAAUCAAAUGAUCUUCAGUCGAAGCCUUUGUUGAAAGAAAUCGCGGUUGAUGCCAGUCUUUCAAACUGGCUGGUUUCUCCUAAUUAUAAUGUUUCCAGUACAAUUCGUUGUCAAUGAAACAGAAACUUAGAGAAUAUAAAGUGUCAAAGUUUGAUGCUUCUGUUGAUUGAUUUAUUCAUUAAGAAAAUAGUCUGUCAGGAUGAUUUGAUUGUAUGUGUGACUAAUUUGUGUCUUGUAAUUGUUUUGUUUUUGGUUUGUGAAUGGUGUUAUGUUGUAAUCAAAAGAUAGUGUGUUUGUUGCUGUUUA